AUGUCAUACGCAAUGAUACGAUAUUUGCGACGAACUGCGUUGUUAUCCAGUAAAAAGAGGCUUGAGAGCACCAUGACCAACCUAACCCAGGAAGACUUUUCGUUUCAUCCUCCUAUGCCGCAAUGGAGCAAAAUAAUCAGGGAAGCAGAGAAAAUAGUCGGAUAUCCGACCUCCUUCAUGAACUUGAGGUGGCUAUUGAGUGAUGAGUUCGCCAAUCUGGCUGUGCAAUUACGAAAAAUUGUAGGUAGCAACCAUCCUAUUCUGAAGACAGCCAAAACUCUCCUCAAUAAUCAGCACAAUAACCUUCAACCAUGGGGUCUCAUAAUAUUGCUGUUAUCCAAAGCAACAAGUGAAUCAACACAUUCAGUACAAAAUACAACUCUCGUAGAGCACCAACGAAUGUUGGCCGAGCUAACAGAAAUGAUACGUACCGGCCACUACAUACACCGAGGUCUCCUCAACAUACCCAUCGAAGAAAGGGACAAAACCACCGACACAUCAAUGUUUGCAAACAAAAUUGCAAUAUUGAUUGGUGAUUAUUUACUCGUUACAGCCAACGGAAUGUUGGCUCAUCUGAAAAAUCAAGAUUUGUCAUAUUUAAUAUCGACAGCAUUAAGAGAUCUCAGUGAAGGAGAAUUUUUUGGUCCUCGGGACUGUCAGAACCUACCUCUACCUGGAAAACCUUUAGCUGGGCAGAGUGUAAAUUUCAGAAUAUCUAAUGAUACAGCACCAUUGAAUAACUCAAAUGUGUUAGGUUCACCGAAGGAAGAAUGGACAUUACGGACUUUGUAUAAUGGUGGUACUUUAUUUGGACGAGGUUGUGAGGGUGCGGUAUUGCUUGCUGGGAAGGGUGCGUCCGAGCAAAAGCAGGCCUUCCUGUUCGGCUGCCACUUAUGUUUAGCAUGGCAAGCCGCAAGUGAAUUACAAAAGUUCAGUUCAAGUAGCAAAGAGCCGGUUUCUCUUGUGAGUGCCCCGUUUUUAUUUGCAAUUAACGAAAAUCCUAAACUAUAUGACAUGGUUAAAGAUGUAGAUAAAAUUCCAAGCUUAGAUUUUGAAGAUAUAAAAGCUAAGGUCGCAGAAACUAAUGCUAUUGAGAGAACUAAAUUGUUAUAUUCAGAUAAUGCAUACAAGGCAAUACAUUAUAUUAAUAUGUUCGGUAAUAACGAGUCAGUAGAUGCUAUUCAAAAGAUUCAUCGAGACUUGAUACUAAUUUUGUUUAGGUAA